GGCAGUGAAAAUAUUGGUUUCCGCAUUAGUCGUCAUUUAAUCUCGUAUUUUGAAGAUUAUGACACGCAAUAUCUGCCAGUUCUAGCUAUGAUAAAAAUAUCUCCGUGACGGGCUGUUUAUUCUACAUGAUCUCGUUGACAAACGUAGUUUGUUUAAAAGACGAUUCCUUCGUGUAGUUAAAAUCAUGAAGUUGUUUCUCUUUAUUUAUUUGUCAGUAUUUUUGCUCCACGUUCGGGCUCAAAACGGUCAUAGAUGUAACGAGCCUGUUGACAUUGCCGUGCUGUUGGAUACUUCAUCUUACGUUGGUGCUAACAACUUCAUGCAAGUCAAGUUUUUUGUGAAGAAUUUCAUCGACUAUUUCCAUAUGACGAGAAGCGGUCUCAAUCCUUUCAUCGGGUUCGUACCAUACAGUGACCGAGUUAUUAAAAAUAAAAUGAUCAAUUUUCGAUACUCUACGUCUGCGCGGCGUUUAAAAGGAAAAGUUGACGAAAUUCCCUAUGAUGGAUCUUCUGGUUUUGGAUUGGAUCUCGCUUUAAAAUAUGCUCGCGACACGUUGUUCACUCGAUUCAAGGGAUCCAGGUCGUGGGUUCCACGCGUGGUGUUGGUUAUAACGGCCAGUGCGCGUGAUUGGAACUCAAACCAAAAGAAUACAAUUCAGCGUGAGGCCGAGCGACUAAAAAAGACUGGUAGUCAGUUGAUGAUCGUGUCCAUUGGUCCAGUAUCGUCAAAUGAUGGAUUCCUACGGUCAAUAGUUGAUUCGACGGAUCAUUUACAUACCGUGUUGUUUCCUUAUUUAUUGUACGAAAUCUCUAAGAAAUUAACAAACCAGAUUUGUCCGGAACCGAUCAUGAUUGAUUGUCCCGGGAAAGUCGACAUUGCUUUCAUUGUUGAUUCCUCUGGUAGCAUUUCGAACCCGGAUUACAUAAAGAUGAAAUACUUCAUGUACUCCAUUGCUAAAGCGGUCAACAUCUCCGAUACGGGGGCACGUGCUGGUAUCGUGAUAUAUAGCAAAACAGCAGAGAUGGUGGCUAGGUUUACAGAUCAUUUGCAUUUGAAGAGCUUUAAAAAGGUCGUGUAUCGAUUGAAGCAUAUGAAGUCAUUCACAAGAAUUGAUUUGGGUUUACACGUUGCUAAUACUCAACUAUUCUCGCCUGUAAUUGGUGGAGCACGACCAGGAGUUAAGAAAUUAGCCUUCAUUUUGACGGAUGGAAGACAGACAGCUGUUGAAGGGACUAAGAUCUCUUUACACGACGCAGCUCGGCCGCUCAUUAACAAGGAUAUUAAGACGAUAGCCAUUGGUAUUGGGGGAAGUGUGGAUAAAUACGAACUAAGGGCAAUGGUACAGGAUGAUCAGGAUGUUAUUGAGGCAAAGAAUUUUGAUGAACUUGUCAAAAGUAUUCAGAAUAUAACAAGGUUCACUUGUGAACAAAUAACUAUCGUCCCUUGUCGACAUUCUGCGGACAUUGUCUUUGCCUUGGAUACAUCAAGCCACUUGAGUUCGGAUGAUUUCAUCUUAAUGAAAGAAUUUCUCGUUGAUGUGGAGAAACGUUUAAGGAUUGGAAGAUACAAAAAUAGAUAUGGCGUGAUUCUCUAUGGUAGCAGAGCCCACGAACAGCUUGAGUUAGGCGAUAUAGACAAUUCCACGUCUUUUGCAAAUACGGUGAAAAAUUUACCACGUUUAGGCGGGAGAAUUGUGAGUUACAAAGCACUGGAACGUGCUCAAAAUAUGCUGUACAAUACAAGCGAAAGCGCAAGACGGCAUGUUCCAAAAGUUGUAGUGUGGAUAACAAGUGGACCCGAAGAAAGCUUUGCAAACACACUGUACAUUUAUCAGGCUGCAAAACGUCUACGCGAUCGUAAUGUCAUCUUGAAAAUUGUCGGUGUAGGAUCAAGUCGUGCCAGUGAUCUUGAGCGCGUGGCAGGAUCACCUAGGGAUAUCUUUGUACCUAAUUCCGUCAAUACUUUAAGUCAGAUGAUCCCUGCUUUUACUAAGGAUGUCUGCUCAGAGAUUUCACCAUUGCCUUGCAAGAGAACUCUUGAUGUAGCCUUUAUUUUGGAUUCGUCUGGUAGUAUUUUAAACGACAAAUUUACUGAAGCGAAAAACCUUGUUGAGAUGAUUGCAGACACAUUAGAAAUAUCUUGGCGGAAGACUCAUAUUGCUUUAAUGGUUUAUAGUGAUACUGCAAACAUUACAUCAACAUUUAAUGAUAUUUAUUCAAGAAAUGACCUCACCACCCAACUGAACCUAUUACCUCAUCUUCGUGGCCGAACUCGUAUCGAUCUAGCCUUGAAACUAGCAAAUUCUGAUCUCUUCACGCGAAGAGCUGGAAUGCGAUCUUCGUUCCCGAAUGUCGCUGUGGUUAUCACAGAUGGCCGUCAAUCUCCGGCAGCCGAUGCUAUCCGAUUGGAUGAAGCUGUUGCCCCGUUACUCGUCAGGGGGGUGAAGGUGAUUUCAAUUGGAGUGGGAAAGAGGAUUGACCGGCAAGAAUUGCACAUGAUGGUAGGAAGUCCAGAAAUGAGUUUCUGGGCUGAAAACUAUCGUGAUAUUCGCUUGCAGCUAUCUGCCAUUUCUAAACACGUCUGUUCGAGCAAUUGAGAAUAAAAAAUUUUUGUCUUGA